AUGACUGUCGUGGACUGGCGUGAAGACCUCCUGCAAUUCACCGAUGCCGAUUGUCUUUCUGAACGAUUAGUGGGAAAAUCCCUGAUGAGCAAGUGACCAUUCCGAGUUUCUUGGCAGAGCCUUGGAACACAUUAUCGAGAGUUAAUCGACAAAUUUGUUGUUAUAAACACUCCUAGCUAUAUUAAUGUACUGUGGGCUGCACUUUCUCCCUUCAUACCAGAACAAUCAAAAAGUCGAGUUUUGAUCACCGGAAGAAACUGGCGUGAAGAUCUCCUGCAAUUGGCCGAUAUCGAUUGCCUUCCCGAACGAUAUGGUGGGAAAAUCCCUGAUGAGAAAGUGUUAAAAGAUCCUCACCCAGUGCCAAAAGAUCUCUAUUGGCGGCCAAAACCGGACUAUCCAAGUAUGGCUGCUAUGCAUCGUAUCUCGACUCCAGCAGGUAAAACGCGAACGUUAACUUAUUACGUUGAAGCAGGCACAGAGUUGCAGUUCUAUUCCCAGAAUGAGUCAGAUCUCACAUUUGCACUUUACUAUUCAGAGAAGGAGACAACACCCGAGGAAGAAUAUGAAGCUCUGUUGCCACCCAUACAGAAAUGUGCUCUUCCUGCAAUCGACCUUUAUAAUCAAGACGCUACCCGUACGGGUUACUAUCACCUCAGGCUCACAAAUGAUGCUGCCUGGCUGUUCCCUUCCACCUUCAGAGUGCUUGUCCAUGAGAAAUCUGGUAAAGAGGUGCAAGCGUUGAAUCAAAAGGAGAAAUGGAUCAAGCAAGGCGUUAAGGUGAAAUAG